AACCAUGACGUCACCUCGCCCUUCUCUUCAAUCCAUGAAACCCCGUUCGCUGAACUGUGGAAUCCAAGUAACCGUACCACUUAUAUUUUACUACGCUGAGGCAAUAUAGUCCUAAUAUUGUAUUUUUUCACACAUUCAGGUUGAUAUUUAGUUAAGCAGCCUUUCCCGUAUUUAGCGAUGUCAUCAAAAGACGAGCUGGUGCAAAAAGCCAAAUUGGCUGAACAGGCCGAACGUUACGAUGACAUGGCAGCGUCUAUGAAGAAGGUGACAGAAGACGGCGCAGAGCUCAGCAAUGAGGAGCGCAACUUGCUGUCAGUGGCCUACAAAAAUGUGGUCGGAGCAAGGCGUUCUUCGUGGAGGGUGAUCUCCAGCAUCGAACAGAAGACCGAGCAAUCUGUUUCCCAGGAUAAAAUUACGAAAAAGCAAGAAAUGGCCAAGGAAUAUCGUCAAAAAAUCGAAAAGGAACUGAGAGAUAUCUGCGGUGAUGUUCUGAAUUUGCUCAAGAAAUUUCUUAUUCCAAAGGCAUCAAAGUCAGAGAGUAAAGUUUUUUAUUUAAAGAUGAAAGGAGAUUACUAUCGGUAUUUAGCUGAAGUGGCUUCACAGGAUGACAGAGAAAAGAUUGUAGACAAUUCUCAAACAGCCUAUAAAGAUGCGUUUGACAUUAGUCAAAACGAUAUGGAGCCGACACAUCCAAUUCGUCUAGGUUUGGCACUAAAUUUCUCAGUAUUUUAUUAUGAAAUUAAAAAUGAACCUGAUCAAGCAUGUAAACUUGCGAAGCAGGCGUUUGAUGAAGCAAUUGCUCAAUUGGACACGUUGAACGAAGAAUCAUACAAAGACAGCACCCUUAUCAUGCAGUUGCUCAGAGAUAAUUUGACUUUAUGGACGUCUGAUUCAGGAGAAGGGGAUGAAGGUGGUGAAGAUGGUGGUAACUAGAUAGAGACUUGCGAUUAGUAUCCAGUAUCUUUCAUUUCAACAUUACAUCGGGAACUAUCAGUGUUUAAUCCCUAUUGGAAAACAAGAAAAUUACACAAAUCUUUCAAAUUAAGAAAAAAUAAACCUUUGAAAAAAAAAAAGUGAAAAAAAAAAAUCAGCAAGAGCGAAGAUCUCCUGUAUCCUGUGUAUACCCCCCAAUGGGUCUGUAGAGUUUACUCAUUCUAUUUAGUCUCGUAAGUGGUUUCCUGUUAUGGCUUGGUCUUAUUCUUUUUUUGUUCUGUAACGAGUGUAAUGAAUCAAAUGACUUGUAUUUCUAGUGCAUAGUCUGUAACUAAUCUGGCUUUUAUCCUUCAGAAUACUAGAAAAGUGAGGAUUUUUUUAAAAAACAAUAAUGCUAUAUUAGUGAACAAAUUGCAUUUCAAUGCUAUGUAGUUUAAAAUUAUAAAAUUUAAAUGGAGUAUCAGCCAAAUUUUGUGGAAAAUGGGUGACCUAUUAUGUUGGAAUGGAGUUUACAGCAAUUGUCAAAAUUUAUAGUGAUUUAUGGCAAAACUGGAGGAUAUCCUAGGCUUUUCUAAUUGUUUCAAUCAUAUUUGUCAAUGUGAAACACUAACAGACAGUGAUGAGUAUGAAUGCAUGCACGCACGCACCAUCUAAACAGUGGCUGAGAUGCAGGUGUGCUCUGUCUCUGCAGUGGCCAACGUGUGUGGUUGGGCGUUGACCUUGGUCUAUAUGUAUUGUAGUUGUCAUGUAGACUGGCUGGCACUACCAAAUAAUGACUGUAUUGACCAAAAUUGGGUAACAUCUCUGACCAUAAUUGGGUAAUUGCUGUAGCGCAGGAGCUCAUUGCUGUGGUGCUGCUUUCAAGCUAUAUAGCCAUGUGUUUAGGACCCAGUCUGGUGAAUUAACAUUUGCUCCAUACGUGUUGAAAGAUGUCAAUUCGCUAUGUGUUAGUUGUUUGUAGAGUAUAUAGAGCUUUCUAUUACCCCCACACUGCAAAGAAUCUCAACUCUUUUACCCAACGCUUAAAUAUAAAAUAACAUUUCCGAUUAUUAUUUGAUACAGAAAUGAAUUUUUGAGUUGUAGUAUUUCUAUGUUCUCCUAAGAAGUUUAUUAAUGCAUGUUUUAUAAAAAUUUGCCAGAUUUAGGGUUUAAAAGGAAACAACACAAUUCCAUUUCUCCUUCAGAUAUGUUGGCUGCUGUUGUAUUCUUUAAUAUUAUUUUCUUGUUUUUAUACUGUCUGGAGAAAAAGUGGUACUGUACUUGUCAGCCUGAAUAUUUUUUUUUUGUUAAUAUUAAAUUCCAACCAAGAAAAGAAAAGGCAUCUUUCUUGUGGUUUUACUGUAGAAUGGUUCUUAGUAUAUAAUGCUUGUCAAUUGUUAGUAAAAUCUAUUAGUCGUACAUAUUAGUAUUGGGUAUAUUUGGUGCUGCAGUGAGUGACCAAUAUCUGCACUUGAAUGUCUGCUACUUUUGCAGUGGUGGGUGUGGUAUAUGUGAAGCACCAAAUGCCGAAGGGUUUUGGUGUGAUAAUGCCGCCGCUGCUGCUGCCGAUUAGUGCUUGCUUCUGCAAAAUGUUGGGAAGAAAGAUUGUAUAGUCAAACUGAAAUGACUUGUUAAGAAACUAACAGAAGCUCAAAGCUUUUCAAACUUGUUUGUUUCUGUAUUAUUCCUCAUGGCAAUAAAAGCGUGGGAAAUUGCGA